AUGUCCGACGUGGCAGAAACUGAUCAUAAAAACAAAACUGCGCUCGAGUUCAUCGAGGAAGUGACGAGCAAUGCCGACGAUGUCCAAAACGAGGUUCUCGCCGAGAUCCUGGCAAGAAACUCCGGCGUCGAGUACUUGCGAAGGUAUGGCCUUAACCGGAGCAACAACGUCGACAAGGCCAGUUUCAAGAAGCUGAUCCCUGUAGUCACCUACGAGGAUGUGAAGCCGGAUAUCGACCGUAUCGCCAGUGGCGACACUUCCCCCAUCCUCUGCUCCCAGCCCAUCUCCGAGUUCUUAACCAGUUCUGGGAUGUCGGCAGGGGAGAGGAAACUAAUGCCCACGAUCGACGAAGAGCUCGACAGGAAAUCCCAUCUCUACAGCCUAAUCAUGCCAGUCAUUAACCAGUUCCUUCCCAACCUCCAAAACGGCAAAGGAAUGUACUUCCUCUUCGUCAAAUCUGAAUCCAAAACUCCAUCGGGACUCCCAGCUCGCCCGGUCCUCACUGGCUAUUACAAAUCCCGCUAUUUCGCCCGAGCCAAUGAUCCCUACACCAACUACACAAGCCCCACCGAAACCAUCCUCUGCAACGACACCCACCAGAGCAUGUACUCCCAGCUCCUCUACGGCCUCGUCCUCCGCCACAAGGUCCUCCGCAUCGGGGCGGUUUUCGCCUCGGGUUUCAUCAGGGCAAUAAAGUUUUUCGAAAACAACUGGCCCUCGCUCUGCAAGGAUAUCAGAAACGGCACUAUUGACCCCAGGAUCGUCACCGACCCUGUAGUCAGGAAGGCCGUGUCCAGGGUUCUGGUCGGAUCGAACCCUGGACUGGCAGAUUUCCUCGAGAGGGAGUGCAGGAGGGACGACACGUUAUCGUCGUCUUCGUGGAGAGGGAUCAUACCUAGGGUUUGGAUUUGGAGUAAUUGUAAAUACAUCGAUGUGAUUGUGACUGGAGCGAUGUCACAGUACAUUCCUGCCAUCGAUCAUUACGGCGGUGGAAGUCUACCGCUCGUUUGUUCAAUGUACGCUUCUUCCGAGUGUUACUUCGGGCUGAACUUGAACCCGUUGUGCAACCCGGACGAGGUUUUGUACACGCUCGUACCGACCAUGGCCUACUUCGAGUUCCUGUCCGUUGAUCGAUUCGUCGAGAAGACAGAUCAUGAUGAUGAUGGUGAUUGUGAUGAUGAUAAUUAUGGGGAGAUCAAGCUGGUUGAUCUCGUGGAUGUGAAGCUAGGGCAAGAGUAUGAGCUAGUUGUCACCACGUACGCAGGUCUGUAUCGGUACAGGGUGGGAGAUGUGCUACGAGUUGGAGGUUUCAAAAAUAAGGCGCCACAGUUCACCUUCGUGUGCAGGAAGAACGUCGUCCUGAGCAUCGAUUCGGACAAAACCGACGAGGUCGAGCUACAGACCGCGGUGACGAGAGCUGCAGUCCAGCACCUCGCGCCGUUCGGUGCAUCGCUGGUGGAGUACACGAGCUACGCGGAGACCUCGAACGGCCGGGUUUGGGACAGCUCCAUUGGGCCCUUGGAGAUAAGGGUGGUGGAGAGUGGAACUUUUGACGUGAUUAUGGACCAUGCGGUGACAGAACUAGGGGCUUCCAUCAAUCAGUACAAGACUCCAAGAUGUGUGAAGCGUGGACCCAUAUUUGCGCUGCUGAAUUCUAGGGUUGUGUCGAGCCACUUCAGCCCUAGAUUGCCUAAAUGGGCUCCAUAA